AUGGAGGAGCGGACCCAGGAGACCACCGUCUCCCGAAGAGGAUCCACAGUCGACCGGGGGAUACCCACAACCGAACCAGUGAGGACGCGGUGGACCCCCAAGCCGGAGCAGAUUCUCAUACUCGAGUCCAUCUUCAACAGCGGUAUGGUGAAUCCGCCCAAGGAUGAGACCGUCAAAAUAAGGAAGCUCCUGCAGAAUUUCGGCCCCGUUGGGGACGCAAACGUCUUCUACUGGUUCCAGAACCGCCGGUCGAGGUCUCGCCGGCGGCAGCGGCAGAUGCAGGCCACCCUGGCCGGAACCACAAGAACUGGAGGAGGUGCAACAGGUCACCAAGCAUCUUCGUCGACUGCUACAUCAUCAAGUGCAUCGUCGACGAGCGUCUUCUGUGGUGGGUUUGUUUCUCCGUCUGACACUCCCGCCGCCGCUGCCGUCGCAACAGGCUGUUCUCCCGCCCCUCUUGCCGGAGGCGGGGAAGACGUCCUCUUCGCGAUCUCUCGGCCUACGGGUUUUCCCGAAAGCAUUGAUCAGGGUCCAAUUUACUCUCCUCCUUGUGCUUCAAGCUCUCACUACCAAUCUGGUCAGUCAAUGGCUAAGUAUCAGAACAAGUUUAAUCUCUAGUCAAUUUAUUUAAUUUUUCAUCUUAUUUUCAGUUUUGGUUCUUAAUUUUGGAUUCAGAUAGCCAGAACUAAGAGGAUUCGGACACGAAAGAAAAUCAAAUAUCCAUUUCCUUCUUCUGCCUGAAGAAAAACGAUAUUGUUGUGUGAGAUCCUAAUAUUAUGAUCUUGUAGAUCGUGAAGAAGCUUCCCCCACCCCGGCUCUGAUUAAUUAGUAGAUUUUUAAUUUUUUUCUGAUUAAUGCGUAUUUAUAAUGUGCUAGUCUUAUUACUGGGUAUUUAACUGCAGUAUUCACCGGAUUCUCUGACAAAAACUCGUUUCUCGCCGGUCUGAAUGUGAGAAUUUUAGCAGCGAUGACUAUAGUGAUUAUAAUUUAGGAACACCAGCCUCGUUUUCUUCCCAGUCGCCACGAUUCUGUGAUUAAGCUUAUUUCAUUCUAGGCUCUUCAGUCAACAAUCCCCUUAUCGUCAAUGUUAGUGCUGUUCGGUGCCCGGGUUAUCGUGUUACCAAUUUCCAUGCACAGUAUGCGUAGAUCUCCCCUAUCUCUCUCGCCCCCUCGCCAAUACCUAUCCUUCUCUGUCGGUAUGACUCUCUCUCUCUCUCUCUCUCUCUCUCUCUCUCUCUCUCUCUCUCUCUCUCUCUCUCUCUCUCUCUCUCUCCAACCGGCCUCCUUAUCUAUUUAUCUCAAUCGAUGUAGAUUGCUCUCCUCUCCUCCAUGUCAUGCUUCCCCAUUUCUCUCUCUCUCUCUCCUUCCUCCUCUCUCUGCUUUCUUCCUAUUCUGUAAUAAAUGACGAAAGAGCUAGACCUCUGUGGAUAUUUUAACAUCCCUCUCCAAACGCAUCCACAUUUAUUGACUCAAGUGUCGGUGGCCAUGUUAGUCUUAAGCACAGUGAUGGCGCUGGAUGCAGGCUUCAUGACGGUCUUCAUCAAUGGAAUCCCUCAAGAGGUCCCGGAGAGGGCCAAUCGACAUGGGGGCGGUCUUCGGUCACGACGUUAUGCUCGUGCACUCCUCCGGAGAGCUGGUCCCCACGACUGACCUCGGGAUUCUAUUCCAGGGCCUGCAUGCCGGCGAAAGCUAUUUCUUGGUGAGCCUCUCUCUCUCUCUCUCUCUCUCUCUCUCUCUCUCUCUCUCUCUCUCUCUCUCUCUCUCCCUACGCCCUCAAUUGCACCACUCUUACUCCACCGUCCUCCAAAACGCACGCGUAACCUCGCUCCCUCGCCUCUGUCAAUUCAGAUUCCCAGGCUCGCAUAGAGUCGGGGACCGUCCCAUUUGUUAAAGUCCUGGCUCUAUUUUCGUCUAAAGGCCUGAGGAUUCGAGGUCUUCAUCUUCAUCGCGGAAUGCGGCAAGAAAAGUCAACGCGAGAGGUCUACACGUGUUCUUUCUGAGCCGUCAAACCCCAGAGCUGAUGUCGAAGAAACGAAAUGCACGCGUAUGCAUGCACAGUCACCCAUACUUACACGUGUACAAAUCCAUGAGUACUACCCUUUAGCUUGCUUGACAUUUGGUUCCAAGGCAGCCCCCUUUGUUGAAACUUAAGAAAGUUCUGAGACUAGUUAAUAGUGGAAUUAUCCUAA